UUCGUCGUUUAAAACUUAUCGUCCCCGAGAUGACAAAAACCUUCUGUUCGUUUGAUUUUUCUUUUUGAAAAACAGUUUUUUAGUGAUAUCCGGUGAACUUGGGGCAUUCUGCGGUUGUCGCUGAAGACAUGCUAUCAGCUAACAAUGGGACAUGGAGAUUAGGAGCACGGCGCUUAAUAAACUGAUUUGGUUUACCUAGUUAAUGUUACAAUUUAGCAGUUAAACUCUAACCUAUUUAGGGGGUUAACGCUUAGCAUGGGCAAAUAUCGGCAUCGUUAGCCGGUUGUUUGACGAGCUAAGGUGGAGGAUUUCAACUUUGUAUAAAAGGCCGACAUUUUAAUUAAGUUCUACGAUGCCUUCAGCAACAGUUGGCAACAAUGCUGCCCAGUCUGCUGUUCUGGACCUGGGAGGUGGAAAUAACUCUGAGGCUAUGAAGCAGAUUCUGACCAUUAUUGACAAGAAGGUCCGCAACAUGGAAAAGAAAAAGUCCAAACUGGAUGACUAUCAGGCAAAAAAGAACAAGGGAGAAAGACUGAAUCAAGAUCAGCUCGAGGCCUUGACGAAGUAUCAAGAGAUUAUCAACAACCUUGACUUUGCUCGAGAACUGCAGAAGAACUUCUUGAGUUUGGGUCAGGAGGUCCAAAAAGCUGUAAAGAAGUCAGCGCGUCGUGAGCAGUUGCAACGGGAUGAGUUGGAGCAGCGGCGGUUGAAAACAGUGUUGGAGAUCCAGUAUUUGCUGGACCAGUUGGGGGACGAUGCUGUCAGACAGGACCUCAAAAAACCCGACGCCUCUGGAUCUGCUCUGCUCACUGACACAGACCUCACUUCACUCGAUGAGUUUUACAAAUUGGUUGGACCUGAAAGAAACUACGAUGUCAGGUUGACGGAGCAGUAUGAAGAGCCUAUGCUACAUCUGUGGGAUUUGCUUGAGGGCAAAGAUAAGGCUGUGGCCGGAACCACAUACAAAUCGUUGAAGGACAUUCUGGACAAAGUGAUGUUGAGUGGCUACUUUGAUAGAGCGCAAACUCAUCAGAACGGGGCGUGCGGUGAGGAGGAGACACCAGAGGAGCAGACUGAAGUGGCUGACUCUGCAGCAGCUGGAGAGCAGCCUUUGCAACCUGAAGGAGUAACAAGCGAAAACUACACAGAACCAGUUCAAGUGGAAACCACAGAGUUUGUUAACAGACAGUUCAUUCCAGAACCUUCAUACGCCAGUACAGAGAAAGAGCAAGUGGGGGAGUGGACUGUGGAGGCUCAGCAGAUGGUGAACUCCCUCCAGCAUCAGCCCCCUGCACAGCUGGCUGCAGAGCCCACGGCUGCUGUGAGCCAAGGCCCGCCCUCCCCUGCAUCUGACCAAGUGGUCAGAAAGCAGGCGGUGCAGGACCUUAUGGCCCAGAUGCAGGGGACGUACGACUUCAUGCAAGACUCCAUGUUGGAAUUUGACAGUCAAGCUUUGGACCCGGCUAUUGUGUCAGCUCAGCCCAUGAAGCUCGUGCAGACGGUUGAUCUGCAGCAGUUGAGCGGCCCUUUGAUCCAUUCAGAGUCGAGACUUCCUCAAACAAGUUCCGUGUCUGGACCACGAGAGUCCUCACCAGCCUCUUUGUCUCUUCCAUCUGAACCGUCUCCUGCCCCCUGUUCCCUGUCUCCUGCCUUCCCACCUGUGUCCAAACCCACCCACACCGGGGGCACCAAUGUCAAUGCAGCACCUUUUCAAUCAGUGCAAGCGGUCUUUAAUAUGAACGCACCGGUACCUCCAGCCUCUGACGGACAGGGAGACCAACUGAAGCAGUCCAGCCAGUUUGCUGGUGGGUAUCGAGCGGGUUUUCACAGCCAGACGGAGAGCGCUUCAGAGCAGCCGGAUUUACCAAAGGAAAGGCUACAGUCGGUUGUUGGUGGAUUCUCACCCCAGGACCAAGUCAUAUCCUCACAAGGAGGCCAUGAAGACUCCUCUGCGGGCUUCGGCCAGUCUGGCCAGUCUUUUUACAACAGUAGGGCUGCACCCAGGGGCGGGCCCAGGAAUGCGCGAGGCAUGAUGAACGGAUUUCGGGGCUCCUCAAAUGCUUUCAGAGGGGGAUUUGAAGGCUAUCGUCCACCUUUCUCAAACA